CCUCGCAUCCAUCCUCUGCACUAAGUCGAGCGUCUGUCUGUUCCUCCACCAUGUAGUGCAGACGGCGGAGCUCCAUCCACAUGCCAUCUUUCUCCUCAUCGGCUCUCUCAUCCUCCGGUGCCGUCGCGACAUAAACAUAUCCUGCUCACAUCAUGCUGCAGCUGGGAGACGAGGUGGUGUAUUUUUCGGCGGUGUUUCUGCUGGUGAUGCUGGGGACGAGGAGCGCAGCGGGGGCCUCCCUGCUCACCGCUUGCCUCUAUGUCUUCAUGGUGAUGUUCCGGUUUCCUCCGGUGCCGGCGGACCAGGCCGGCCGCGUCCUCCGGCCGAGGGCUCCGUCAGGCGGCGUGCCGGUGGUGGCGCAUCGCGGGGGGAGCCACGACGCUCCGGAGAACACGUUGACAGCGAUCAGAGAGGCUAGUAGAAACGGGGCAACUGGAGUGGAGCUGGACCUGAGUUUUACCACUGAUGGAGUGGCCGUACUGAUGCAUGAUGAGACCGUGGACCGCACCACUAAUGGAUCUGGACCAGUCAGCAAACUGCAGUUUGUCCAGCUUAAGAGACUCGAUGCUGCUGCCAGACACAGGCUAAAGGACAAAUUCAGCGUUGAGAAGGUCCCAACUCUGCAGGAGGCGGUGCAGGAGUGCAUCAAACACCAGCUGACCAUCUUCUUCGAUGUCAAAGGCCAACCUGAUAAGGCCGUGUCGGCUCUACAUGAGAUGUACAAGAAGUUCCCUGUCCUUUACAACUCCAGCAUCGUCUCUUCCUUUGAACCCAAAGUCAUCUACAAGAUGCGUCAGACUAACCCCAGCGUGGUCACAGCUCUCACCCACCGACCCUGGAGACUGAGCCGUUUCGACGACGGCACUCCCCGGAGCGUGUCCACGUGGGGUCAGCUGUGGACUGGGGUUCUGGACGUCUUGUUGGACUGGGCCCAUCACCACAUACUGUGGAAACUGUGUGGAGUCUCUGCCAUCCUCGUGCAGAAAGACUUCCUCUCACUGGACUAUGUUCAGUACUGGGCAGAGCGCGGCGUGGAGGUGGUGGGCUGGACUGUUAACACCGCCGUGGAGAAAGACUACUACCAAAACCUGCUGAAGAUCGGCUACAUCACUGACAGCCUGCUGGAGGACUGUGACUCUCAUUACUGAAUGUUCACACUUACACACACUCGUGUUUAACUGGGUCACUUUUAGGAAUAUUACAAACUGUAGAUCCAGGCUGAGUUUCUACAGCAAGGACUUUCACAAAGAACCAGGCACCUGAGUCUUGUGGACCUUAUUUCACCCCCAAUAUAGGUCCCUGAUAGGCACUGAAUGUUUCUAACUGGUCUAUCAUCACAUAACUCAGGAGAGUCUAUUGAAAGUCUGCAGGCUAAUUUGCCCAUUUUUCAUGACUCUUUAGAUCUAGGUGGAAACGUACAACAAUGUGCUGGAGGAACCUUUUACUCUCUUACUAAGUAGAUCCUGGUAAAAAAAAAUAGUCCCGGGUACUUCUGGUGGAAACACGGCUUUAUAUUCUUCUCUUUGAGACUUGCCCUGACCCUAACCUUAACCACUGACCCCAAUGAACCAGUCUUUAGUCUGAAAUGUGUCCCUGAAUAGAAGGCUAAGUGAUGAACACACACACACACACACACACACACACACACACACACACAGAGGUCUUACAUAUACAGAAAUAUGAAAUCCUAAAAGUAUCCGACUUGUAUAAAUUUUAUUUUUUAAAGCUUCUUCAUUUAAAAAUACAAGUAUGAUAAUGACAACAUUUUCCAGUUUCUUGUUCUGUCAAAGAGCACGAGAUACUGAAAGGAAAAAGUUAAUUUAAAUUGUUUUUAAGAAUGCUAGAAAUGAUGUGCUCAUGAGCUCUGCACUGUAGUGAAAAUCAAAUAAGAUAAGACCUGCCUCCAUACAUUCAUGUCCUUAUCUUACUACCAGCAGCUAUACCUCCAGCUCUCCUGGAACAGGGAUUAGGAUUACACUACCUUAAAGAUCUUUUCUACCUUCUGAGCUUUGAUGCACCUUUAAAGAGACAUCAUUGUAUAUACUUGUAACAUCGGACUCGUCAGCAUCAUAUCGAUAUCUGCUGUUGUGAUAUUUAUAUAACAGUGGACUCUGGUGGAUCUAUUGUAAAUACUGUGCAGGUUGAAGUGAUGAUUGUUUUUUUCAGAACUAUAGCUUAUGUUAAUAACUGAAAAAAAAAAAAGAGAAACAAAUGUGCCUGCAAAGAAUUUAACCUUUUGUGGAUUACUAUAAUAUCUGAUUGUAUAGUCAACAGAUUUACCCUUGAGGGAAAGUAAACACACCACUGAACCUGGGAGUAUACUUUCUGCAGUUUAAGACAGAGAUGAGUCCAGAUAAGCACUUUAAAUGUGCCCAUUAUAGGGACAUCUUAUAAGUGACAAUGGCUAAACUAAAUCUGGUCAUUUAUUAACAUUUUAACAAUUUCACUUUUCAUUUGUUUAUCUUCCCACAUUAAGUUCUCAUACAUAGAGUUCUCCACCUUGGCACCUUUGACAAGAGGACAUUUGAAUUCCCUUCAUUUUUUGACUACGUACACCUUCAAGGACUGUAGAGAGUGUUAGGAGUAGCAUGAAGAAGCCAACCGUGUGGUAUUUGCCUUUAAUUAUCAAAUAUAUCAUCUAAAUUCCCAGAUACAAUUCAGCUGACAUGAAGUCAUCAUUGACAAAAAAAGGUGACACCAUUAUCACCAUCAAUGUGUUGCUCAGAGAUUAAAGAAAAAUCAAUAUUUA